AUGGCAAUCAUCGCCAACUACAUCAUCGAUGCAACUGGCGAAGUCACCCUCGUCCUCCACGCAAAGCUGACUUCGUUGCCCACCCCCGACAAUGCCUCCCCGGAGCUGGUGUCAUCGACCGCGAAUCCUGACCAUUUCCUCAAAGACAUCGAAGCACGCAUCCAAGUCUCCGCCAAGCACCUCCGGCUCGCCUCGCCCGUGUUCGACCGGCAGCUGACCGGCAGCUUCAGCGAGGCGCAGGAUCUACAACGCACUGGAAAGGUGGACAUCAAGGUCGAAGGCUGUGACUUGGAGGCGUUGCUGAUCCUGUUGCGCAUCAUUCACGGGCGCAACAACCGGGUGCCUCACCUCGUUUCACUGUCGCUGUGUGCUCGCAUCGCCGUGUUGGUCGACUACUACGCCUGUCAGGAGGCUGUGCAGGUGCAUCUCCGCCUCUGGAAGUCGCAUCUCGAGACCCAGAUCCCUGCCGGCUACAACGCGACCGAGACCCUCGAAUGGAUCUGGGUGUCGUACUUCUUCGAUAUGACUUCGGUGUUUGACCAGGUCACCCUCCUGGCAAUCCGACAUGGAGAUGAACACAUGGAGUCGACUGAUUUCCCGGUGAAAGCGAGUAUCAUUGAAGCAAUUAAUACCCACCGGGAGAAGUCCAUCGACAAUGUGCUCAACCUCAUCGCCCGAUGGAGAGAUGGGCUGCGCCAAGGCUUGUUCGGCUGCACCUUCGAAUGUCGCUGCGACGAUCUAGGGGCGCUGGAACAAAGUCUCUUCGCCGCCAACCUGUAUAAUCCUCCCACCACGCCGUUUGCCGGUUGGAGUUUUGACUCCCUCUUCACCCAUGUCAAGGCCUUCCUCAAGCCGUCCUCGCGCUGCAAUCUCCUGAGCUAUCUCAACCAUGACAAAUGCGAUGCGAUUCCGAAGAUUGUUCAGGAGGUGGAGACUCUCAGCUCUGAAAUGCAGGGGUUGGAUCUGACUGCCUACAAGUGA